GAAGGGAGAGGUGGGUCCGGCUCAAAAUAAUCUUCCAGACCCUCCCAGCUGUAUAGGCAAAUGUUUCUGCUUUGGGGGGGAAAGGAAGGCUGAACCCCACCGACAGCAUGCAUUGGCCUAGUGUGGUCUUCCUUGCUUUUAGCUUUCUUACAGUGGUCCUGAGCCAGAACCAGGAGGAGAAACUGAUCAAUGACUUGAUGGCUGACUAUAACCGCAACUUUCGCCCGGCUAGAGACAAGGGGGACAUUAUUGAUGUUUCUCUCAAGCUAACUCUCACCAACCUCAUCACACUGAACGAACGGGAUGAGGCGCUCACAACCAACGUCUGGGUGGAACUGAAGUGGAACGAUUAUCGCCUGCAGUGGGAUCCGAAUGACUAUGACAAUAUCAAGUGUUUACGGAUUCCCUCCACGAUGGUGUGGCUGCCAGAUAUCGUCUUGGAGAACAAUAUCGAUGGUGUGUUUGAUGUCGCGCUAUACGCCAAUGUUUUGGUGUCUCCGAGCGGCAGCAUCACCUGGCUUCCUCCGGCCAUCUAUCGCAGUGUCUGCUCUAUCGUUGUCACCUACUUUCCCUUCGACUGGCAGAAUUGCUCCCUUGAAUUCCAGUCACAGACCUACAAUGCCCAUGAAAUCAAUCUACUGUUGACAGUUGAAGAAGAGCAGACAAUUGAAUGGAUCUUUAUUGACCCUGAAGAUUUCACAGAGAAUGGAGAAUGGGCAAUUAAACACCGGCCAGCGAAGAAGAUAGUCAAUGCUGGAUCUUUCACACCAGAUGAUAUUGAAUACCAGCGGAUUGUCUUCUUUCUCAUCAUCCAAAGGAAGCCGCUCUUCUACAUCAUCAACAUCAUCAUUCCUUGUGUGCUCAUUUCCUCCGUGGCCGUGGUUGUGUAUUUCUUGCCUGCCAAAGCUGGUGGCCAGAAGUGCACAGUUUCCAUCAAUGUCCUCCUCGCCCAGACUGUCUUCCUCUUCCUGAUUGCCAAAAAGGUCCCAGAGACAUCCCAGGAUGUGCCACUCAUUGGAAAGUAUUUAACUUUCCUACUGGUGGUCACCAUAGCUAUAGUCGUGAAUGCUGUUAUUGUACUCAAUGUUUCUCUGAGGACCCCCAAUACCCAUUCUAUGUCCAAGCGAGUCCGGCAGGUGUUUCUGCACCUUGUGCCCAAUUUCUUAGGCAUGCACACACGACGGCCCAAUAACAUGCCUAUGGGGGCACAACUCCUCCGUCGACGGAGCUCGCUGGGGCUCAUGGCGAAAGCUGAUGAGUACAUGCUGUGGAAGGCGCGGAGUGAGCUCCUCUUCGAGAGGCAGAAAGAGAGAGAUGGAUUGAUGAAGCUCCUCCUGGCAAAGAUAGGAGAUGGUAUAGAGAAUGGAUGCCCUCAGGACUUUUGCAGCAGCCUACGCCACGCUGCGCCAGAAAUCCAGGCCUGUGUGGAUGCCUGCAACCACAUCACCAAGACUUUGAAAGAGAAGAAUGAGUUUGACAGCGAGAACGAGGAGUGGAUCCUGGUGGGAAGAGUCAUUGACCGCGUCUGCUUCCUCAUCAUGGCUUCCAUCUUUGUUUUUGGAACCAUAGGCGUCUUCUUGAUGGCUCGCUUCAACCAGGCUCCUGAACUACCCUUCCCUGGGGAUCCUAAACGAUACCUGCCCUAAGACUCUAGUCAUGGGGCCAGUGGGGUUGACCUUCUGCAGGAUUAAGAGAAACUGACUUCACAAAUGAAUUUUGAGGGUUUGGUGGAUCUCUGACCUGGAGCUGCAUUGUUCUGCAAGUCCUUCUUCUUUAAGCUGAUGUUUACUGCGGAGCUGCCUUGUACACACAGUAUUGACAUGUAUCAGCAAAGAACUGUCUUGAAGCCACCUUGCAAUUCACGUGGCCUCCUAAGCCAACAGCAUAUCAGUACUGGUGGCUUGCCUUCUUGGGGCUGUUGCCACCGUUUUGCUGGUGUAUUUAUAAUUCUGAAAUCUGAAGUACUCUAAAAUCCAAAACUGUUCACCUGGGUGGCUGAGACACCUUUGCUUUCUGAUGGUUCAGUGCACACAAACUUUCUUCCAUGAACAAAAUUAUUUUAAAAGUUUUAUGAAAUAACCUUCAGAUUAUGUACAAGGGUUGAAUGAAAAGUAAUGCCUCCACCUUUGUAACUCCUUAACAGAUGGCAGUACUGGUAUGUGGCAGGUAUGUGCCGUCACACCUGGGGGCUAUAACUCUUAGUGAAAGAGGCAUGGACGUGACAUCUUUCCACCAGGGGAUUGCUUCUUGCCCUCCUUUAGGAAACUGGAACUCUCAAAGACCCAAACACUGUAGAUAACUCAAAAUAAGUUUUAUUGUUCACAAAGAGUUAUCUCUUUAAGGCAAUAAGCUGGAAGUUUCAAAGGGGUGAAGGAAAAUGUAGAUUACAAUCUCUGGUUGUCUUGGGUCCAAGGAGUUUUGCAGCUGAGAAGCUCUUUCUCAAUGGCUGUAAAUGCCGGAGCAAUCCACAACCCCAGUCCAAAUGGCCUAUGUUUGAAGACACAAAUUCUUCCUCUGGUGCCAAAAGAACUGGUUUGAAGGUGCUUGAGACUUCCCAAUGUUGUUCAGGUUGGUCUGAACAUGAAGCAUAAGUCUCAAGGGUAAGAACCUCAGAAUUGGUGCUGAGAGGUAAUUUAAUCAGGGGCUUUUAGAGCCAAGUCUCUUACUCACGUCCAUCUGGUAGAAAAUCUAAUGGUGGAAUGAAAAAGGGAAGCACUCCCCUCCUCCAGGAAGAGGUGGAGCCAAACAAUUGAGCUGAGAAAGCAAUUCAACUGGUGCAAACAACAUUGAUUGACAGCUAUAAAUAACCAAUCAAUCCAACUAUACAU